UGGCUCACGCGUCCGGCGUCCUCCAACCGCACCGAUAUCUUCCUCUGCUAGGGUAAGGGAAGAGCGGCGAUCCGUCGGCGGCGGCUAGGUGGAGGCGGUGGAGGAGCAUGGCCGACGUGCAGGGCGACGAGGCGGGCCUGGAGGACGACCCUCCCCCCGAGGAAGGGCUUGUGGAUCCGGAUGAGGGAGUUGAAGCCGAUGUCGGCGGCGGAGGCGACGAGGAUGAGGAGGACGUCGACGGCCUCGCCAGCUUCCUCGAGUCGGAGAUACUGUCCGGAUCCAGCGCGGAGGAUCCUAUUGAUAAGCAGCAGCAGGAGGAAGGUGAUGCGGUGAAGAAUAAGCGGAAGCAGGAGUCGGGAUCGGACGGAGAUGGUGGUAACGGCAGUGGCAGCGGCAGCGGCAGCAGCAGCGAUGGGGAGCAGAACAAGAGGGCGAGGAGGGAGGAGAAGAGAAGGCAGGCCAAAGGGAAAUUCGUGGCGGUGGCGCCUCAGAUCGACACGGGCAUGUUCAGCAGUAUCCCCCCGGAGCUGUUCCUGCAGAUCUUCAAGUUCCUCUCCUCCGAGGACCUCAUCUCCUGCGCGCUAGUUUGCCGCUUCAUGAACGCUGCUGCAUCCGACGAGACCCUCUGGCGCCGCCUGUAUUGCAUGAGGUGGGGACUGGCCUCCAAUGCCAAAUUCAGGGAGCGCGCUUGGAAGAACCUCUACAUACAGCGAGAUAGAGAGGAUAUGGUUGAAUUUGUGAGGAAUACACCUACAGAGUUCAGGGAGUACUAUAUUCAGAUGCAAGCGGCAAAAAGGAGUCAAGCUCCCCUUCCUUCAGAAGUCAACGACGACAAGGUUAUCCUUGAUAAAACAGUAGCUGAUCAGGUGUCUACUUGGAAAAGCAGCAGAGGGCUUACUGAUGAAUCAGUCAAGGGGCACUCUUGUUCUGGAAAUACAUGCUCUUACACCCAGAUUGGUGAUGCUUACAUUUGUGAGAAGACUGGUCGUGUCCAUGUUUGUGAUGAUGCUUGCCGUGAAUUCGUCUUGGACCAGUCUAGUGGGCUGCUUCUUUGUACGAUAUCUGGGCACUGCUUUGAGAGGUGGCUGUGUCCUGAUGAUGAAUGGGACGCUGAUGAUACUGAUCAGCAACAAGGUGGUGUAGCUGAUGAACCAGAGCCGUUCAUGGGAUCUGGACGAUUCGCCCGGGCGAUUAUGUUGGGUUACAACUGCAGUGAUGAGAAGGAACUCGAGCAUGCCUUGCGUUUCUGUUGAUAUGCCUUUUGUUUCUGUCGGAAUGCCCUCCCCUCUUAGGUACUACAUGAGGUCAGAGACUUCUACUUGUGAAGAGGAAAUAAGCAGAAUGCAGCCCUGUGCUGUGCGUUAUCAUGUUUACCCUCCAGAAUGUAUCUAAGAAUGGAACUCCUGCGCUAGUACCAGUACUUGAGCUAGAUUGCUGAUCUGUUUUGAUCAGCUGAGGGAGCUGUAAUGUUGUUGUAUAGUUUCCCUUUCCUAAGCUAUCGAGAUGUAUGUCUGUAAUAAAAUAAUGGUUGCAGUAAUGAGCCUUUUAUUUGUAUGAUAUUGGUA